UCCCCCACUUCUUUUAUAUCUAAGCGCCACGAAAGAAAACCGCAACCCGUCCACAGAGAAUCACAGAAAGAAAGAAAGAAAGAAAAAUCUCUCUCUCUCUCUCUCUCUCUCUUGACUUUAUAACUCGUUACUCGUGUGACUCACGAGGCUCGCAAAGACAAAAAAAAAUAAUAAAAAAGGCAAGAGAGACUUUGGGGCUCACUCACAAGACUCACAAGACAAAGAUUAGUUAAUAGUUAUUGAUCGACAGAGAGAGAGUUUGGAGAAGCAGAAGAAGAAGCGGAGAAUGGAGACUACUAGUAGUAGUACGACGACAACAACAAGUCUACCGGGCACGCCAAAGAAUAAGAAAAGCGGGCAGGUUCUAGACGGUUCGAAUAUAAUGGAGUUAGUUGGGAACGAGGAGGUGUUCAGUAAUUUUGUGGAGCAUAAGUUCCAUGAGUUGGACAAGGACUGCGACGGCAAACUCUCCGUGAAUGAGCUUCAGCCUGCUGUUGCUGAUAUUGGUGCUGCUCUCGGCUUGCCUGCCCAAGGCUCUUCUUCUGAUUCUGAUCACAUCUACUCUGAGGUAUUGAGUGAGUUCACCCAUGGAAAUCAAGAAAAAGUGAGCAAGACUGAGUUCAAAGAGGUUCUUUCAGAUAUUCUUCUAGGCAUGGCUGCAGGAUUGAAGCGAGAUCCUAUAGUAAUCCUUCGCAUAGAUGGCGAAGACCUUCUAGAAUUCAUCAGCAGUCCGAGUUUCGAGCCAGAAAUGAUUUCCAUAUUUUCGGAGAUAGAGUCGGCUGAUCAAGGAUUAUCCCUCCGGGACUCCAUAAUCAAGGCUUUGGAAAAACUCUCAGUUGAACAAGGAAUGCCCCCAUCUUCAGAUUCUUGGGUCAUAAGCAACUUUGUGGAACCCGCUCUUCUGUCGGGUGACGGGCACGACGAUCGGGAGAAACCCGUGUCUCAAGAAACAUUUCUUGUGGAGUUCAAGAAAGCAGCAGAGAGUGUGGCUCAACAUCUUAAAGAGCGGCCUGUGAUUGUUGCUCAUAGUGAGAACACCUUUGAUGGAAGUGGCAUUAAGAGACUUUUGGCCAACAAGUUUGAACAAGACAAGACACUAAAUGUAGCUCUUGAAAACCUGCCCAGAGAUCGCAAUGGGAAGAUGUCUAAGGAGCAUUUGCGCGUGGCACUCGACCUGUUGGCCCCAUCCGCGGGCCUACCACCGAUUGGCGCAAUUGAAGAGAUGGACAAGGUUGUUGGAGAUGUGUUCAAAAUGGUGAACGCCGACGACGGGAAGGUGGUUAAAGACGACGAGUUCAAGAAGAUAUUGACCGAAAUCCUUGGGAGUAUCAUGUUGCAAUUGGAAGGCAAUCCCAUCUCGGUUUCCUCAAACUCAGUCGUCCACGAGCCACUUGCCUCUUCUUCUACGUUAUUGCAGCCAUCAUCCUAGUUAUACACAGUAUAUCUAUAUAUAAAAUAUAUAGCUCUACUCUUGAAUAUGUGUCAAAGCUUAACAGAAGAGAGAUGAAAAUAGGCAAUAAAAUUUUGAUUAGGAGAAAAAUCAUUUGCGAGUCUUUUGUGCUUUCUUCUUGGUGGUUUUGGUUUGCGGUAAUUAAUGAGUUUUGCUAAAACGUGCAAAUAUAGAAGAGAUGGAGCUAAUGAUAUUUGUCAACCGGUCAUCCUUCCUCUACUUGGUGUAAUGAUAUAUUAUACUCUCUUGCUAAAUGUAAAUGAGGCUUGUGUUAA